UGAUCCUCCCGGCCCUCCUUGCCUUUCCUCCCUGAGGCAGCUAGCUCAUGGCCGGUAGGAGGUGAGGGAGGGAGGGUGGCUGGCGGCCAGCCUGACUGUGGAUGCAACUCCAGGGCUCAGCUCAGGCUUGCCAGAGUACCCAUCCUCAUCAGAGACUGGCAGUGGCGGCAACAGCCGGGGCAGCCGGCUCCAGCCUGGGGCUGGAUUUGCCCAAGCUGCCCUUGGCCUCUGAGCCCAGCUGAGAGCUGGGAGAGGGCAGUUGGGAACAGGAGCAGAGAAGCAGCAGCUCUCUCUCUCUUUCUCUCUCUCUUUCUCCUUUUCCAUCCCUCCCUCCCUCUCUCUACUUCUUUCCCUGUGUUCAAGUCACACAUUAUAUGGGAUUCUGCUCUUUUGGGACUUCGUCAUCUUUUCCACUAUGUCCUGGGACCUCCGGAGCUGUGACAGGGAUGCUAAGGACACGGUCAGUGGAUUCUCGUGACUGUACUAAUGAAAGGAUUCAAGCUCUCCUGCACUGCCAGUAACUCCAACCGCAGCACGCCGGCCUGCUCCCCCAUCCUCCGGAAGCGGUCCCGCUCGCCAACGCCACAGAACCAGGACGGAGACACCAUGGUGGAGAAGGGCUCAGACCACUCCUCGGACAAGUCCCCCUCCACCCCGGAGCAGGGUGUGCAGCGCAGUUGCUCCUCACAGUCUGGUCGGAGUGGUGGGAAAAAUUCCAAGAAAAGCCAGAGUUGGUACAACGUGUUAAGCCCCACGUACAAGCAGAGAAAUGAAGACUUCAGAAAGCUCUUUAAGCAACUUCCAGACACGGAGCGCCUCAUUGUUGAUUACUCAUGUGCACUCCAAAGAGACAUCCUUCUUCAGGGCCGACUCUACCUCUCAGAAAAUUGGAUCUGCUUCUACAGCAACAUCUUCCGCUGGGAAACCCUGCUGACAGUCCGUUUGAAAGACAUCUGCUCCAUGACUAAAGAGAAAACAGCUCGCCUCAUUCCCAACGCCAUCCAAGUCUGCACUGAUUCAGAAAAGCACUUUUUUACUUCAUUUGGGGCCCGGGAUAGAACGUACAUGAUGAUGUUCCGGCUCUGGCAGAAUGCUCUCCUGGAAAAGCCCCUGUGCCCCAAGGAGCUCUGGCACUUUGUCCACCAGUGCUACGGGAAUGAGCUGGGUCUAACCAGUGAUGAUGAGGACUAUGUGCCUCCAGAUGAUGACUUCAACACGAUGGGCUACUGUGAAGAGAUCCCUGUAGAAGAGAACGAAGUGAAUGACAGCUCAUCCAAGAGCAGCAUAGAGACCAAGCCGGAUGCCAGCCCACAGCUGCCCAAGAAGUCUAUCACCAACAGCACGCUGACCUCUACAGGAAGCAGUGAAGCCCCUGUCUCGUUUGAUGGCUUGCCGCUGGAGGAAGAGGUGAUGGAGGGUGACGGGUCCCUAGAGAAGGAGCUUGCCAUUGACAACAUCAUAGGGGAGAAGAUUGAGAUCAUUGCACCCGUGACCUCCCCUUCGCUGGACUUCAAUGACAAUGAGGACAUCCCUACCGAGCUCAGUGAUUCUUCAGACACCCACGAUGAAGGAGAGGUCCAGGCCUUCUAUGAGGACCUGAGUGGAAGACAGUAUGUGAACGAAGUCUUCAACUUCAGCGUGGACAAACUCUACGACCUGCUGUUCACCAACUCACCCUUCCUUCGGGACUUCAUGGAGCAGCGGCGCUUCUCUGAUAUCAUCUUCCACCCAUGGAAAAAGGAGGAGAAUGGGAACCAGAGCAGAGAGAUUCUCUAUACGAUCACCCUUACUAACCCCCUGGCUCCCAAAACAGCCACUGUCAGGGAGACACAGACCAUGUACAAAGCGAGUCAGGAGAGUGAAUGCUAUGUGAUAGACGCUGAAGUCCUCACCCACGAUGUGCCAUACCAUGACUACUUCUACACCAUCAAUCGCUACACACUCACCCGAGUGGCCCGGAACAAGAGUAGACUCAGGGUUUCCACAGAGCUCCGCUAUCGAAAACAGCCCUGGGGGUUUGUGAAAACGUUCAUCGAGAAGAACUUCUGGAGUGGAUUGGAGGACUACUUCCGCCAUUUAGAGACUGAGCUAACCAAAACAGAGAGCACCUACCUGGCUGAGAUGCACAGACAGUCCCCCAAGGAGAAGGCCAAUAAGUCUUCGGCAGUACGGAGAAGGAAGCGUCCCCAUGCGCACCUGCGGGUGCCUCACCUGGAAGAGGUGAUGAGCCCGGUCACCACACCCACUGAUGAAGAUGUGGGCCACAGGAUCAAGCACGUGGCAGGUUCCACGCAGACACGGCAUAUCCCCGAGGACACUCCCAAUGGGUUUCACCUACAAAGCGUGUCCAAGCUGCUGCUGGUUAUCAGCUGUGUUCUGGUGCUGUUGGUCAUCCUUAACAUGAUGCUCUUUUACAAGCUGUGGAUGCUGGAAUAUACCACACAGACCCUCACUGCCUGGCAGGGUCUCAGGCUACAGGAAAGGUUACCCCAGUCUCAGACAGAAUGGGCCCAGCUACUAGAAUCCCAACAAAAGUACCACGAUACCGAGCUCCAGAAAUGGAGGGAAAUCAUCAAAUCCUCAGUGAUGCUCCUUGACCAGAUGAAGGACUCGCUUAUCAACCUUCAGAAUGGUAUCAGGUCCCGAGACUACACAUCUGAAAGCGACGAGAAGAGGAACCGCUAUCAUUGACAAGGCAGGACCAGGGGUGGCUACAAGAGGCCUGUGCAAUACAUGUGGCAGGGCUGUGAUGGCCCUUCCUACACACCUGGACUCUGCCUGCCCACUCCAGGACUCUCUCCCGCACCCCAACCCCAUCCCCAUCUCUAAGCUAUGGGGCAAUCAUUCCCAUUUUUCCUUUGCCAUCCUCGACCCUCAUCCGUCCCACCCCGGUAUCCUCCAGCAGGCUGGCCCCACUCCCUUCUAUCUCCAAGUCUUCUUCCAGAAGAUGCAUUUGGGUCUCAGAGAAGUGUUUUCUGGAAGGCAAUCUUUCAGCAUCCUUGCAUUCCUGGUAUGAAGCAGGGAUUUGCACAUGGUGUAGAGAGAGCCCUCUCCCACCUCUCUGCCCAGCCUCGUUACCUCACUCCUGCUCCAGCCAUUGUGAUGGGCUCAGCCAGCUCCCUGUUCUGAUGUGCCGCACAACAGCUCAGGGGUCUUGUGACUUGGAGAGGUCCUCAGCAGGCCUGGGAGCCCGGAUUGGAGCCUUGGCUGCCGAUGAGAAGUACUUACCUGCCAAGAUUUGCUGAUGCCAGACGAUCUUCCCAGCAUGUGAAUGCUUAAUGGACAUUGUCAUCUCUGCCCUCUGGUCCUCCUUGCUUCUCUCAAUACAAUACGACACCUCAGAAGCAAAAUGGCAGCCCUUGCUCCAAGCAGGACACCAGGCUGUCUUGGGGAGUUGGCCCUGGGCUUCUGUGUUGUGUGCAGACACCGCACAGUAAAACAGUCACUUUUGCCAACAAGAAUGUGUGGCAUCCCACGUCUCCCUACCUUGCACUCUAGGGCCAGACCACUCUCUGCAUGGACCACACCAUCUUCCCAAACCCAUGGUGCUUUCUCCCCCCUCCCUCAACCUAGACUCUGAGGUGGGGAGGGAUGGCUCAGAGGCCAUAGUGGCCCCCUGGAUAAUUCUGACACGGGGUGGAGUCGGGUGAGGCAGAGGGAGCAGCACCCAGCACCUGCACUGGGCCACAGGAAAGAGCACAGGUUGGCUGCAGUUGAGUUGUCUGGCCGUCUGUACUUGGAUCUAUAACUGUACUUCGCCUGGCGCUGUGCGCAAGGUCUGAAAACUUAUUGCUAGUACCUAGAAACCCACAAGGCUACCCAGCCAAAUCUUAAUGUAAAGUAGCUAGAGCCAUGGAAGUCCAGUAUGAAUUAAAGGAAAAAAAAAAGUAUUGAGUUACAAUUAAUAAAUGGUG